GUUGGUUCCACAGAGAGUCGCAGCCUUCCUUCAGCUCCAACAACAGACUUUUUGUUGUCUGCUGCUACAAACCGGCAUUGUUUUUCCUUUUUACAUCAACAAUAGAAGCUUGGAUACAACCGGUUCGUACUGCAGGAAAGCUUGACCGACUGACUUCACUGUGCUCACCACUGUCUUCACAGGGAUGUCGAAAUUAAAGCUGAUCUCUGUAACUGACACACAGUUUCCUGUGUCCUUGCUGGAGGCCAUCAGUGAGCAGCGAAACAACGGAUUAUUCUGUGAUGUGACCAUAAUUGUGCAGGACCGCAAGUUCAGGGCACACAAGACAAUGCUGUCGGCAUCGAGCACUUACUUUCGGCAGCUUUUUUCGGUCGCAGGACAAGUGAUCGAGCUAAAUUUUAUCAAGGCGGAUAUAUUUGAAGAGGUCCUGAAUUACAUAUACACUUCAAAAAUCCACCGCAUUCGGUCUGACAAGCUUGAAGAUCUCAUCAGCGCAGGCCAGAUCUUGGGAGUCAAGUUCAUUGCCAAUCUCGCAGCCCCACUUUCACAAGUCAAGGGGCUGCCUGGCUUGUCAAAAGAAGGAGAGGCGAGCGCUGUUAACGUCGCUGAGAAGAAUGAAAUCGGAGCAGAGAGCAUGCCGAUCAUCACCGAAUCGUUCUCUUUAUCUGCCGAGGAAUUCAAAAUGGUAAGUGGCAGUAUUGAGAGAGAUGAUCCAGACAACGAUGAUGUUCUUUUUGUGUCAGAGUUGGAGGCGCCGAAAGCCCAGAAGAUGAAGCAAUCUCAGAUUAUAGAUUUGGAUGCGGAGGAAGGACCAGAGCCUAAAAGACAAAAAGGCACAAAUGAGGAAGAGCGGAGUCCUAAACAGGGAAGACUCCAAAAUGAGGAGAGCAUGCUUCCUUCAGAAGGUGAUGUGCCAAAGAAAUUCCAAGACAACGCACAAGCCCAUAUGAUCCCUGCAGCUGUCCCAAUGUCCCCAAGCUCCAGUGAUGUUGUGAUGAUAUCUGAUGUAAGAUCUUCCACACAGAGUGCACCCUCUACUCCAGCUCAUGUGAACAGUCUUACCCCUGACUCUCUAAAUGCCACUCUGGAACCAAGUGAAGUGCUUGGAGUUCAGAAGAAGAAGGUUUUGUUGGAGCAAUCACCGGAUCGGCCAAGCAGGAUUAGACUGUCGGACGUGAGGCCAGCCUUCAAUACUAAUGAUGGAACUGGGCUAGAUGCUGCUUUGAUGAAGAAGACGAUUACAUUAGACAAAGCCUCAGAAAUCGAUUCGCUGUCGUCAGGAUGUAAGGUUUAUGCCAACAUAGGAGAGAACACCUAUGACAUUGUUCCUGUGAAAGAGUACUCGGGUGAAGGAGAGGCUCGACCUGCUUCUGGACGAAAAUCACAGGCCUCAGUGCAUGGUCCAAGCAAUCUGACCACCGGCCCGUCUCGAGGUAAGAAAAAAGGUAAAGCGGAGCAAGAGGACCAUUAUGAACUUGUUAUGGAUGGAAAGACCUUUUAUGUGUGCGUUGUGUGCAAGCGUCCCUAUGUGUGCCUGACCAGCCUUCGGCGGCACUUUAACACACACUCAUGGGAGAGGAAGUACCCGUGUCGUUACUGCGACAAAGUAUUUGCUCUGGCUGAAUACAGAACCAAACAUGAGAUCACUCACACAGGUGAGAGAAGGUAUCAAUGUUUACUGUGUAAUGAAACGUUCCUCAACUACCAGUUGUUGUCCUCACACUGCAAGCAAAUGCACAAUCAAGACCCCUCAGGCAGGAAGGAGAAGGACGACACGGACAAUAACUUGUACCGCCUACUUCCAUGUAAAACGCUGCAGUUCAAGCCGUACUCUUUCGUCUCAGGUGAGAGCGGGGGAAUUCCGAUCAUAAAUGAAGAUGGACUUGUGCAGCACGUUAGCCCUGGCAGGUCACACUUCAUAAACCAUCAACUCCCGUCCAGUCACAGCAAAAUGUUGACCUGGGAUGAUAUCUUCGUUGAGUCUGAUGCACACACCCGACCAGGGGCUCAGGCACGACCUGGACCCCCUCCUCGACCCGCAAACCAAAUGAAUGUAGAGAACACGACAGAGUUUGAAUUUGUCAUACCAGAAACAUACUGAACUGGCAUGUUCAUAAUUCUGAGUACUAUGGUGCCUUUUAAUGUUCCAGGUGUCGGAGAAAUAUGUUCUUGAAUUUAGUCAACUGGAAAAGUUAGUAAGUUAAUUGAACAUAUAUGUCAUUUAAGAUGGGGUUCAGGGGUUUUGUCUGAAUCAUGUGUUUUUGAAAUUGUUCAUUAGCUCUUAAUUACGUACAUUUGUCUAAUGCUUUAAAUCUUGGCAGUACUUCUUAUCAUAGAUUUCUUUUAACUUUAAAGGUACAGCGUGGGCUUGCCGAAAACAAACAAAACAAGUGAGGGACGCUAUUUUCUUUCCUACAUUAAUUGGACUGGAGGUAUUACUUUAUAAACCUUGUGAAUCAGCCAUGUGUUCUGCAUUAUGUCACAAAUUUUAUUUACGUCAAGGAAACAAUCAGAGCAGUUCAUAUUGUACCUUUAAUCUGUGAAAAGUGUUGAAAUGCUAGGACAGAAUGAUGAGCGGUAUCAGUGGGGGAAUGAAUACAGAUGUUCGCUUUAGUUAUGUUUGAGUUAUGGCAUAGUGAGUUUCAUUUUAUACAGUCAUGUUCAACAGUUUUGCCAUAUUGCUAGUUUGUAGGAACUUAAUGAUGAGUCUGAGAGCACACCAUUUAUACAGAGUCUACAAAUGGCAGUGUAUAAUGCCAGCACAGAAAACAAUACAAAUGUGCAGAAAAUUUAAUUGUUACAAUUCAAUACUGGAGACAUGAAAACAUUCUAUGGACAAUGUUUUAAUGUUUUGGGGCUUUCAUAAUGAUCAUCUCAACAGGUUAUAAAACAAUGUUCCAUUACGGAGACCGUUCUUUUUAUAUGAUCCUCUUGGUUUUCUUGUCUAGCAUAAAGAAGCAACAUUUGUAUUUAUGAUUUGAGUGCAGAGGAGGAAGGAAGACGUGUGUGAAUGUUAGUAUAGUAAUAUUGUCCAUUGCACUUGUAAAAUUGUACAUUUUUAUUUAUAUGCUGGCCAUAUAAGACUGUGGUCGUUUCCAAGAGUGUAGUCAUGAAUCAUUGUGAAUUAAUGAAGUAAAAUGGGUGAGCCUCUACUAAGCAGACCAUUAUCUAAGUGUAGGGGAAAGAGUAAUAGAUAAGUUUCUGCUGUUUUCUUUUAUCCCCCCAUGUGCUUUUCUAUAUUUCCUUCUUGCAUAUACAUGUAUGUAUGUAUUCCAUUGUAUUCUAGUUAGUUGGUAAUGGUUUGGAUACUAGGAUGAUCAUGUGACUCAAUAUUGGCACAGUCAGAAAGUGAGUGCCCUAACUUUUGUUAAUCUUGCAUAUUAACAAAUUUAUACUACUAAAGACCAUUUUAAUUGUUUCUAUUUUGUUCAACUAUAUUUAUUAGGUCUUAGUGCUGUACAAUGUGAAAUAAAAUUUCGAGUACUUA